AUGGGGACUGCGUCCCCAUAUUCUAAAGAUCUCCUAUACUCUGCAGUAGCAGAAAAGAUCAUGAUCUACGGGGCGGCAAUCUGGGCAAACCCCAUGACCUGCAGGAAACAAAAAAUUCUUCAAAGUUCCCAAAGACCUUUCGUACUGGCGAUUACAAAGGCAUAUCGAACAACGUCGACAGCAGCCGCAGCAGUUCUGGCGGGACUAAUCCCGUUACCAAUAAAAGCACAGCAGGAAGCCGCAAUUACAAUGUUUUCCCAACUGCAUAGAAAAGCACGAUUUGGGGAGCUCAGCUAUGACCCUGCAGACUUCGAGUUUAAAAGUUCAAAACUUAAAACGCACCCUUCAGAUUACGGGAAAGGUGUUGUGACUCACUUCGCCCCUGAAUUACCACCAUCCAUAGAGGGCCCGGGCUUCAUGAUUUACACGGAUGGGUCGAAGAUGGACAAUGCAGUCGGCAGCGCAUAUACAGUUUUCCAUAAUGGCACUGAAGUGCAAACCUGGAAGUGCCAUAUGUCUCCGCACAAUUCGGUCUUCCAGGCGGAAGCCCUUGCUUUGCUGAAAGCAAUAGAAUGGGCACAAACUACCACAGCAGAAGAUUUUACAAUCUAUACUGAUAGCCUAUCGGUACUGUACGCCAUCAACGACCCACGCCACACCUCCCCACUCGUGUCCCAAAUUCAGGAGACACUAAGAAAUACGAGUCCGCACGUUGGUGCCCAGGGCAACGAACGCGCAGAUACCCUGGCAAAAGAGGCAGCACAGGACCGGGAUGCGGUGCAAAUAGACCCACCUUUACCAAAGUCACUUCUCAAGCGGCAGACUUGGCAGUCAGCUCUGUCGCAGUGGCAGCAGGAAUGGAACACAGAGUCGGCGAACUUUCGAAUUCAUACGAAAAGUGGACACGGAACGACUCAUAUCUGCGCCCUUCUUAACAAGAUUCAUCACAGGACAUGGGCUGUUUCCGACCUACUUCGCAGAGAGAAAUAUAAUCCUCCACAGACCUAUGUGUCUGCGGAAAAAUCGGGUCCCCCGACCACUACCUGA